AUUCACUAAUUCGAUAAUCUUUCGGUAAACAAAAAAGGAAAAGGUUACACGAAUUGUAUAUAUACACAUAUAACUGUGACGAUCGCAGUCGAAGAUUAAUUGAAUCACACAAAGUCGAAUCCAAAGUUUUUGAUCUUAACCAAGUCGCAUAAUCCAGAGAGGAAUCAAAAGAAGAUGAGUAACGUCAGCUUCAGGCAGGAUCAUGAUUUCGAGAAGAGGAAAGCUGAGGCUUUAAGGAUCAGAGAGAAGUAUUCUGACAGAGUCCCGGUGAUUGUGGAGAAGUCAGAGAAAAGUGAUAUCCCAAACAUUGACAAGAAGAAAUACCUUGUCCCAGCUGAUCUAACGGUAGGCCAGUUUGUGUAUGUGAUUCGUAAGAGAAUCCAACUUAGUGCAGAGAAAGCUAUCUUCAUCUUUGUUGAUAAUGUUCUUCCUCCCACCGGAGCGAUGAUGUCAACCAUUUACGAUGAGAAUAAGGAAGAAGACGGCUUCUUGUAUGUUACCUACAGUGGGGAAAACACUUUUGGAUCGUCAAUGACUUAAUUUGGUGUUCUUGCUUUUAAUUGAAUGUAAAUAUUCCAUUUUCUUUUCUUGUCCGUGAACUUGCUUAGAUGCGGAUAUGAUUAUUAUGGCUUAUGUAGGCACAACCAAUCGGUUUGCAAACAAAGUGUUGGUUUUUUUAUCCUCUGUUUUUUUCUUUGGUCUAUAUCUAUCUUUCUCUUUCUGUGCCUUGCUCGAGCAUCACACACAUCAUAUGUUGCACCUUCACAGACCACACGAGCUACAAGAGCCAGGUACAAAGUGUUAGUUUGGUUUUGGUUUGAGAAAUUAGAGUUUUGUCCCGGCAAUUCCGGGUCGAGCCCACGGAGGCUGUUGGGCUUUAUCUAGACCACAAUGAAGAACGAUUGUGGGCUAGGCCGACGUGGCGGUAAAAGACAAAUCACAUGGGGAAGCGCCACGUGUUAAAGUUAGCGGCAAUGGCGGCUUGGGGUUGCGGUUAGGGCACGACCUUCACGAACAACACAAAAACAGAGCGGUGAUGGUCCACGCACACUUGUCUGCUGUUUCUCGACCCCACACGUUCUUCACUCUGCAUUUUCCUUCCAUAAUGUAUUCUCCC